CAGCUCCCCGAUGCCGCCGCAGAUCCCGCCUCCGCCACCCGGAACCGUUCCCGGAGGCUCCCGGGAGGAAAGGGCCAGGCCGGGACCGGAAAGGGUGGAGCGGCUCAGGAGCUCCCUUGGCGGGUCUGGGUCCGCGUUUUGUUGCAGUCCCGUCCGGAAAGGCGGGGGCAGCCCCGGGGGACACGGAUCUAUCACAACCCCAUGGCCAGUGUUUCAGCUCCAGCCCUACAACCUUUCUUUCAUCUUCAUCUCAGAUUCCAGCUCUGACCCCAUGGUUCAGCUCCGGCAUCCAUGGUUCUUAUUUCAGCUCUUGCCCCAGCUCCACAGCAUGGAUUUCAGCUCCAGUCCCACAAGCUUUACGGCAGCUCCAGCUCCACCGAGGGUAUCUCAGCUCCAACCCUUGCAGCUCCACUCCCGCCCGAGCGGCGGCUCCCGCGCUUCUCCUGCCCGCCACGGACCUACCCAGCUCCCGCUCGCUGCCUCCCCAGAGGCGCAGCACCGGAACCCUCUACUCCGCACGGCCUUAUAUAGGCCCAGGCCCCGCCCCUCCCGGCGCCACAGCCAAUCGCGAACAGAGGCAGCACCGGGUCCCGCCCAGCCCGCUUCUGUCCGGUCCUUCCCUCCUGCCCCGGCCCCGCAGGCUCCGGUUCCGCUCUCGCUCCGCAGAGCUACCGGGGGCCCGGCCCCAAUGCUGCAGCUCCGGCAGCGGCUGUUGGGUCCCGGGGCGGGCGGGGGCUCCGCACAAGGCCGCUCCCAGGGCCCGAUCGAGCCCCGGAGCCGGGAAUGGCUGAAGUAAUAAACACAUUUAUUGCCCGGGAUCCGCCUGGGGAAGGGGAGCGGCGGAGUUGGUUCAAGUCCUAUGGGUUUGCUUGAAGGGGCAGACAGCAGCCUCGGGGACUCCG